GGUUGUCCCCCGCAGGACCAUGCUGAACGCGCUGCUGCUGUGCUGCGGGCUGCUGCAGGGCAUCCAGGUUGUCCUCGGCACCGACAUCACCUACAGCCACCCGCAGAAGGUGACCAGGGGGCUGGAGGGCAUGGACAGAACCCGCUACUCCAGCAUGCUACGGAAAGUUGAGGAAGCGGCCGCAGAGACGUGCAUCCGUCUGCUGGAGUCCUGCCUCGGGCAACACUUCCCUUGCUGCGACCCCUGCGCCACCUGCUACUGCCGCUUCUUCAACGCCGUUUGCUACUGCAAGAAAAUGACCUCCAGCUCGCCCUGCCCCAAGAAUUAG